ACUCAGCUCAAUUUGAAAUCUCUCUCUUUCUCUCUCUCUCUCUAUCUCUCUCUACACACAUACACACUUAAUUGUGCUUAUUUUUCAGAGAGAAACCAAUGCCAAGAGUUGUUGCUACAAUAAAUCAGGAUGAGACACAGGAUCCAACUACUUUAGCUGAUUCCGAUAGUUGUUUCUCUACAUUUAAUGGGGUGCAAAUACACCACAAGAUUAUUAGUGAUGCUUUGCAGCAGGGGAAAAAAAGGCUCACUCACCCUAUCAUCUUGUUGCACGGCUUUGGAGCCUCAGUGUUUUCGUGGAGCCGAGUCAUGAAACCAUUAGCAGACGCCACCGGCUCUCAAGUUGUUGCAUUUGACAGACCGGCCUUCGGAUUGACCUCAAGGGGGCAGACCUCAUCCGGGAGCCAACCCUUGAAUCCAUACUCGAUGAUGUUCUCUGUGUUGGCAACAAUGCACUUCAUCGACUUCUUGGCUGCUGACAAGGCCGUCCUCGUUGGCCAUUCUGCCGGUGCACUUGUAGCUGUAGACACGUAUUUUGAGGCGCCUGAGCGUGUGGCUGCUCUUAUCCUUGUUGCUCCCGCUAUUCUUGCACCUUUCUCUAUAAAGAGUGCUGUUAAAGAAAAUCAAAAGGGAAACAAUCAGAAUCAGAGGAAGGGUCUCGACUCGAAUACGAGGGACAAUUUUCUUUUCAUGUUUGUGAGUUUGAUAAUGGGGCUCACAAAAUGGAUAGGAGGCAUGAUAUACUCUCUUUAUCAGAAAACUCUUUCAGCAAUCUUGCUCUCUGCAUUUGGUGUAACUUUGAUAAGAAUGAUAAUUGAUAAAUUUGGAACACAAGCCGUUCGCAUUGCAUGGUAUGAUUCGAAACAAGUGACUGACGACGUCUUACAAGGCUAUACAAAGCCGUUGAUGGUGAAGGGCUGGGACAGGGCGCUUGCAGAGUUCACGGUCACGAUACUGACAGACUCUGCGUCCGUAUCAAAGGAUAAGAGGCUGAGUGAAAUCUCGAGUCCAGUUCUGAUCAUAACGGGAGACACAGACAGGCUUGUCCCCUCUUGGAACUCUGAGAGGCUCGCGCGAGCUAUACCGGGAUCCUCCUUCCGAGUAAUUGACAAGUGUGGCCAUGUGCCCCAUGAAGAAAAGUCUCACGAAUUUUUAUCUAUUGUAGACGAAUUCCUGCAGGGAGUGUUUGAGGCUCCUCCCCUGGCAGCAACUUAGAGUUAUGACAUACUUAAUUGCUAGUAUUCAAUGAAGUUCAUAUAAUCAUGUCAUGUAGCGAACUCAUUGAUCAACUCAAAAUUCAUUAGUUUUGUAUCAUAUCAGAUUUACAUAGAAACAUUUUCAAUAAGUAUGAAAUUCUAGAAA